AUGUUUGAAGAAAUGUUUGAGAGGGUAGAGCAUAGGCCAUGUCUUAGGCAUUUAUAUGCCAGUUUCAAAAAGAAGUUUAGGGGAGGCAUGCAGAUUAGAGACUUGAUUAUGGCAACAACAAUGGUAACAUAUAUUCAAUCACGAGAAGCUAAGAUGAAACAAUUGAAGGGGGUUAAUGUGAAGGAUUGGAAAUGGCUUUCCAAAAUACCUACCAAAGUAUGGUGUAAACAUGCAUUUUCUUUAUAUCCUAAAUGUGACAUGCUUAUGAAUAAUGUAUCUGAAGCACAUAAUAACACAAUACUAGUGGCUAGGGAUAAACCAAUCUUAACUCUGUGUGAAUGGAUAAGAAACUAUAUCAUAAAUAGGAUUUCUAGCUUAAGAGAAAGAGUUGAUAGGUGGAAACAUAAGAUAAUACAUAUACCUAGACUUAAGUUUGAUAAAGAAGUAGAACAUGUUGGUAAUUUGAUUCCAAAUUGGUCUGGUGAAAUAAUAUGGAAAGUUAAACAUGUUCAUACUAGACAUAGUUUCAUAGUGGAUAUUUCAAAAAGAAUACACACUUGUAAUUUAUGGAAAUUAGUAGGCAUACCUUAUAGACAUGCAAUAUCUGCAUUAGGUUUUAGGAACCAAUUCCUUGAAGACUUUGUGGAUGAUUACUACUCCAAUGAAACCUAUGUAAUAUGCUAUAAUUUUAAUGUAAGCCCAAUUAAUGGACAAGACAUGGGGCCAGAGGUUAACAUUGAAGAAAUGUUAGCUCCAACAUACAAAAGAGGACUUGGGAGGCCAAAGAAAUUGAGGCGGAGGGAACUGAUGAAGACCCUAACAAGGGAAGGACAUAAAUAA